AUGCAACCUUUUGAUCAAAAUGAAACGAUUGUCAAGUUGAAUACUUGUCAUAUGCCUAAAAAAUUAUUUUGGAUUGCUUUAUCCUUAAUUAUAACCGUUUUUAUAGUUUUAACCACAUUGACUAUUUAUUUUGGUAUUCAUUCACAAACACAAACCAUUGUGCAGUAUGAAUCUUUCUCUAUAUCAACAACUACUCGUGAUUACAAUGAAACAACAAUAUCGACUGAAUCAACAACUCUACCAGCUCCUUCUCGGCCUGUAGAACGAAUACCAACUGAUUUAAAACCAGAAUUGUAUCAAUGGACUAUUAAACCUGAUCUAGUUGCAGAAACAUUCAUAGGUGAUCUUUACUAUACAUUUACAUGUCUUGAAUCAACAAAUAAAUUAAUUCUUCAUAUGCUCGAUUUGAAUACAGACAAUUCAACUAUAGCCAUUGUCAAUUCAUCAUCGAGUUCGAUGCCUACAUUUCAUUCAUGGUUCUAUGAUGACUAUAAUCAAUUCAUGCUAAUGAAUUUCACGUCUAAUUUUCAACCGAAAACUAUUUAUACAGUUCAUAUUAUUUAUUCGGCUACAAUUGAUCGUGAUCUUGAAGGUCUCUAUUUAAGUGAUUAUGUUGAUGUUAAUGGGACUAGUCGAACAUUUCUAACUUCUCAAAUGGAGCCAACAUAUGCUCAAAGUGCUCUUCCAUGUAUUGAUGAACCCGUUCGUAAAGCUAUAUUUCGUAUUAUUGUUAAACAUGAUCCUUCAUAUGCUGUAUGGACAAAUGGAGAAUUGGAACAGUCGAAAACAUUGAUUGAUGGUCGAAUCAAUUCUUAUUUUGCUCCAACCUUAAGCAUGUCGACAUUUCUCUUGGCUUUAAUUGUGGCACCUAAAUCAGAUUUUGCCUGUCGACAUGAUCGUCUUCUUAGUUCAAAGAAUAUUAAAUCCAGAGUAUGUGGACGUAUUCAAAUUUUACCACAAUUAGUUUAUGCUGAUGAAGUAGCUUUCAAAACGCUGAACUUUUUCAAUCAAUAUUUCGAUAUAGAUAAUGCGUUGCCAAAAAUCGAACAUUUUGCUGUACCUGAUUUUGGAGGUGGUGCCAUGGAAAACUAUGGCAAAGCUUAUUAUUUUCUGUUUGUAGGUUUAUUAAUCUAUGCUGAAGUUGGUUCACUCUUCGAUGAAAAUACAGGAUCUACUUCACAACAACAAUAUGUAACUAUAAUUGUAGCACAUGAAAUUGUACAUCAAUGGUUUGGUAAUUUGGUGUCACCUGCUUGGUGGGAUGAACUAUGGCUUAAGGAAGGUUUUGCUAAUUAUAUGGAAACAGUAGCAUCUGAUUUUAUCGAACCAUCAUGGAAACAAGAUGAACUAUUUGUUAUUGAAAAGAUUUUUUCGUUCAUGCAAGCUGAUUCAAUGCCAACAUCGAGACCAAUCAGUGAUGAAACAUUUCAACAAGGUAUUCGAAAUUAUCUAAAAAUUUUCAGUUAUAAUUCAGCAACACAACAGGAUCUUUGGCGAUAUUUGACUGAAGCUACCAACAAUACGAUCGAUGUAGAACGUAUUAUGGCUGGAUGGACACGUCAAGCAGGUUAUCCAGUGGUUGAAGUUAAUCGAAUAUUUAAAAGAAUCGACGAAAAUAUACAACAGAAAAGAGUCAAUAGUGUAUUAAUCAUUACUCAUCAACCAUUUAAUCUUUUCCCAUCGACAGCACAACAAAAAAUAUGGUGGAUUCCAUUCAAAUAUUUUGAUCGAACAUCAUUCGAACUAUCAAAUGAAAAUCCAGUCAUCUGGCUUAAUACUACAUCAACACAUUUAUCAAUAACAACAUCUGAUUCAGAUUGGAUCAUAGCAAAUCCAAAUUAUUACGGGAUCUAUCGAGUUAAAUAUGAUUCACAAAAUUUUCAUCAAAUUCUAACUCAACUUCAAACAGAUCUUACACGCAUUCCACCGAUUAAUUGA